UUCACCACUGUAGUUUUUGUAAAGUUUGCAUUUUUAUCUCUCACUCUAUUAUUUGCUUGUCUCGUAGCAGAAAAAUGUCAGAGAAAGGAGGCAAAGGGCUCAAAUCCUCUCUCAAAUCCAAAGAUGGAGGGAAGGAUGGGAACUCAACAAACCCCAAGAAGGGUAGAAAAAUCCACUUUGAUCAACAAGGGACUCCAGCACCUAAUUAUAAGAUGCUCAACGGUUCUGAUCAACCAUUUCAGAGUUCUGCUCCUAAAGGUGGCAAAGGAGACAAACCUACCAAGUCUAGCAAAAGCUCUCUCCACUCGUUUGACCUCAAAGAUCUUCCUGAGAAUGCUGAAUGCAUGAUGGAUUGUGAAGCUUUUCAGAUAUUAGAUGGAAUUAAGGGACAUUUGGUUGGGUUGUCUGAAGACCCUUCCAUUAAAAUUCCUGUACUGUUUUCAACCACCAUUUAUAUAAACCAAAAUCAUGGAUUUGAGGUUCUGGAUGAAGAGUGA